AUGUGUCGACCUCGGGAUGUGGAGAGCGUCGGGUCCAAUUUGGAACGCCACCUCUCCGCAUUUGAACCCUGGACAGCAAAGGUUCUUCGCGUUUUGCAGAAAUUACUUAUGAAUCAAUCGGCUAGAAUGGAAGACAAACUGCCGAUGUGGGUCUACGUCCCUGCGAGGUGUUCCUUGACCCCCUUCCCAACCAUAAUCGCGGAUAUCAGAAAUUCAUUCUAUGUUCACCCCCUUUACGAAGCUAUUCUUGAUUUCAAGUGUGGUCAAGCCCUUACCGGCCCGAGGAUUGUUUCAACCCAGGGAGGCUGCAUACGAUGUAGGCCAUGUCUCGCUAUUUAUAAGCAUCCUCUAGAGCACGAUGGCGCUGACUCAGCGGAAAUCAUCGAACAAUUCAGCGCAUCAACUCGACAAACCGAAUUAUCACAGACACUUUGUGCAGGAGAAAUGGCAGUUUCAAUGGCAUCUACCAUUAGGGGUCAAUACCCCCCUAGUGGAUUGUCCAUCCUCAUUGCGGGAGGUGGCAUUGGUGGCCUCACGUUUGCGAUCGAGGCAUAUCGUAAGGGCCAUGAUGUCCGCCUCAUAGAAAAGCGCGCAAACUUUGACGGUUACGGCGAUCUUCUGUUGAUAGAAUGCAACGCCCUCCACAGUAUCAAGCAUUGGCCCGGGUUUUAUGAGCGAUUGCAGACCAUCUCAUACAAGACCCAGCGAAACAUCAAGAAGUAUGACGGGACAUGGGUUGGAACCUGGCCGCUAGGUGACGGGAAAGACAUCUCAAUGGCCUUCAACCGAUCUGAGCUUCACAAUGCUCUGUGGGAGUAUGUCCAAGAGCUAGGCAUUCGUGUUGAUUUCUCGACUACCGUUGAGGACUACUUCGAAACGGAUGAGGCAGGUGGCGUUGUUCUUGCCGAUGGGAAGAAGCUUACAGCCGACAUUGUCGUUGCCGCUGAUGGCGUCGGUUCUAAAGCAUGGUCUUUAGUCUUGGGAAAGAAAGACGUUCCCAUCAGCUCUGGAUUUGCUUGUUACAGGGCAACCUUUCCUAGUGGACCAGCGCUAGAGAAUCCAAUCAUUGCCAAGGAGUUUGAAGGUUACGUCGAUCGUGCCUGCAUUCAUGUAGGUCCUGGGGCACAUAUAGCCGUGGGAAAAACCACAAGACAGAUUUGCUAUAUGCUGACACACAGGAAAGGUGUUAUACUGACCCCGCCUACACAGAUUCGAGCGUGUAUCAUGCGCCCAGAAAAUGGGAUUCCACCACCGGGAGAAAUUCCACAACACCGACUGGGAUGCGGUAGCGAAGAAUCCGGAUAUUUUCAGCAAGACAACGGCUAA